AUGACGGCCAGCGCCGGGGCCCCGCCUCCUCGGGCGCCGCCAUCUUGUUGUUGAUUCGAACGGUGGGGAGCGGGCGGCGGCGGCGGUGUUGUGGGCUCGGUGUCGCCAGCCCCGGGCUGGGCAGGCAGAGCCGGCCCGAAGCUGCGUACAGGAAGGAACUCGGCAAACCACGGUGCUAACAUGAAGCCAACAUGGUCAUUGUAAGGGAGCAGAUCACCAGGAUUUCUCCCCUGUGUCUGCCUGACCGCUGCUGAGCCACCCUCCCAGCCCAUGUGGCUCUCCCCAUGCUCCAAGAGUGCAACUGGUGCCCAACGCAAUGUGUGUUUGUCAAACCAUGGAAGUGGGCAAGUAUGGCAAGAAUGCCACUCGAUCUGGAGACCGGGGGGUCCUGCUGGAGCCUUUCAUUCACCAGGUUGGUGGCCACAGCAGCAUGAUGCGCUAUGACGACCACACUGUCUGCAAGCCCCUCAUUACCAGAGAACAGCGUUUCUAUGAAUCUCUGCCCCCAGAAAUGAAGGAGUUCACACCUGAGUACAAAGGUGUGGUAUCUGUGUGUUUUGAAGGAGACAGCGACGGUUACAUUAACCUGGUGGCCUAUCCCUAUGUGGAGAAUGAGGCUGUGGAGCAGGAUGACAUGCCAGAGAGGGACCAGCCACGACGCAAGCACUCGCGUCGGAGUCUUCACAGAUCAAGCAGUGGCACUGAGCACAAGGAGGAGAGGCCUGGCCUGGCCAGUGACAGCACUGAAAGCAGCAUCCAGGAAACAAAGAGUCCCAGGGGGGACCUGCACAUCCAUUCAGAUGUUCCAUUUCAGAUGUUGGAUGGGAACAGUGGUCUGAGCUCUGAAAAGAUCAGCUAUAAUCCCUGGAGCCUACGCUGUCAUAAGCAGCAGCUGAGCCGCAUGCGGUCGGAGUCCAAGGACCGAAAACUCUAUAAGUUCCUUUUGUUGGAGAACGUGGUGCAUCACUUUAGGCUUCCCUGUGUACUUGAUCUGAAGAUGGGGACCAGACAGCACGGAGAUGAUGCAUCUGAGGAGAAGGCUGCUCGGCAGAUGAAAAAGUGUGAACAGAGCACUUCUGCCACCUUGGGCGUGCGCGUGUGUGGGAUGCAGGUCUAUCAGCUGGACACAGGGCAUUACUUAUGUAGGAAUAAGUACUAUGGACGCGGUCUUUCCAUCGAGGGCUUCCGUAAUGCUCUCUACCAGUAUCUCCACAACGGCAUUGAGCUUCGCAAAGACCUCUUUGAGCCUAUCCUCACCAAACUGCGAAGCCUGAAGGCAGUUUUGGAAAGACAGGCCUCCUACCGCUUCUACUCCAGCUCCCUCCUCAUCAUUUAUGAUGGGAAGGACAGCAGGGCAGGAAUGUUUGUGGAGCGCCGUCCAGAGAUGCGCCUGAAGCGGGUGGACAGCUCUGUCCCGGAGAGCCCGCAGGAUGGUGGCAGCACAGAGCCCAGCUCCUCGGCCCAGCCCAAGGUGGAUGUGCGUAUGAUUGACUUUGCACAUAGCACGUUCAAAGGCUUUCGCGAUGACCCCACGGUGCAUGAUGGACCUGACAUGGGUUACAUGUUUGGGCUGGAAAGCCUCAUCAACAUCAUGGAACAGAUGCGUGAGGAAAACCAGUAGACCUGAGCUACAGCGUUUUAAUCUUGUCAUGGUGGCAGGAGCAGACACAACCACCUACUACCACAGGAAAAAAAGCAGACAACUUUGGUUUUAAACAAUUGUAUUGCUCCAUUGUUUUUAAAUGUACUUGGAUAGAAGAGCUGAGGGGAAGCAGGAUGGAAGAGCUCCUUAUGCUGACCCGAUGCUUCCAACCACACUAGCUCUGCCUUCUGGAGGAGGCUCUGUAGAUGCCUGCUGGGUGUUGGGUGUCCUGGUUCUUCACUUCUUGUGUAUGCAGUCUGGAGGGAGGACCUGGACAUAGGGAAGAAAAAGCAGGAGAGCCCGGGCUCUCCGGGGGGGGCUGGAGCUGUGGCAUGAGGAGCCUCCUACCUCAGGAGCCCCUGGGAGAUCCUUCCCUUUGUAAUUCUCCUGAGUUAUUUGGAAGUUGGCAGUGUCUGUGGGGCUGAUGGUGAGCAGCACAGGUGCUGGUCCAUUCAUUUGGUGUGAGCUCUGCCCUGGGUUUUGCUGAGGAGGCUUUGCUUUUGAUGCUGCCUUUUUUCUGCUGUUUGGGCACUGUGAGUAACCAACCCAAACAUGGAAAUAAAAUGACCAAAUGCAACCCCUGGCAGAGCUGUGUCCGGGAGGGAAUGCUUGCACACCUGCAAUUGUGCUCAAGCCCGGGGCAGGCACAGGGCUUGGUAAGAGUAACUCUGCCC